CUGGCGCUCUCUGGCAACUGCUCAAACGAACAUGUACUAUUCAAUUUUAUGAUGUUCGAUCCCAUGGAACAAUCGAUAUUUUCGAUUGUUUAUGUGGUUGUACCGAUUGCCACUCCGUGUGUUUAUAGGUGGGAGAGUUCGAUUGGUAGUUCGAGCUCCUCCUGCAUCAUAAGUUAGAAAAUGGCAGGUUCUGAUGCUGAGCAGUUCUCUCUGAGAUGGAACAACUUUCACAGCAAUCUUGUAUCAGGCUUCCAUGCUCUCCUGCAAGAAGUAGAACUGGUGGAUGUUACCCUUGCAGCUGAGGGACAGUUCAUUCAAGCACAUAAAAUUGUGCUUUCAGUUUGCAGUCCAUAUUUCAAGCAACUAUUUCAGGUAAACCCAUGCAAACAUCCAAUUGUUAUCUUGAAGGAUGUGGGUCACAAAGAACUGAUUGCAAUUCUGCAGUUCAUGUACCAGGGAGAAGUUAACGUUCGUCAGGAAGAACUUGCCGAUUUCUUAAAAACUGCUGAACUCCUGCAGAUCAAAGGCUUAACUGGAAACGAUAAUAAUCGAGAGCCAGAUAGAACACCCUGCACAACUCCUCAACCAUCACAUCGGCAACCAGGGUCUCACAUUCGUGUAUCAGAUGUCAGAUCUGAGGCACACUUGUCAGAAGUGUCACAAGGAUAUCCUUCUGGAAAUGAUGCCAAUAUUGAUCUGGCUUCAGCUGUGAGUGAGGAAAGUGCAUCUCCAGCUCGACCAACCAAACGGCUGCAUAGUGAUGCAUCUGUUAGCUCAAGCACAUUAUCACAUAGGAAGGAACAAAAGGAGGAAGAAUUUGUUCAGAAAAUCCCCAAGGUUGAACCCAUCGAUCUUGACUUGGAUGCAGAAAUAACUAGUGAUCAAAUCUCUCCUGAAGGGCUCCAGCAAUUCCUUACAAAUUCUGCAAAGAGUACACAUCCACAACAAAAUAUUUCAGCAGGUGGAAAUGGAAACAGUACCCCAGCAAUAGCACAGAGUCAGUUGAUUCACCCUUCUUCCAUCUCACGCCAUGGACAGGUGUCUGAAACUUCAGUUGUUUCAGUGCAGAGUGCGAGUCAAGACAAUCCAGCAAUGUUUGCAUGGAAACCAAUGCGGCGACAGGACUUCAGAUGCCCCUUAUGUGAAAAAAAGUUUGUUAAUAAAUCAAAUCUCAACAUUCAUGUGCGUGAUAAACAUGGUGAAGGGUCAGGUCCACAAGUCUGUUUCAUCUGCUUUAAACAAGUGAAAAACCAAAGCUGUUUACGUGUUCACAUGUAUUACAAACAUCGUUCUAAUUUAUCACCAAGUUCAUUGCCUCAUAAUGAAAGCAAAAUAUAAAAUUUUACUAAGUUAUCAAGCUUUCAAAAUGUUCAUGCAAUACUCAUAACAAAACUGUUCCUAAAGAUAUUUUAGAAUUUGUAGUUGUACAUUUCAUAGGGCAGCUCUACUGCAGAAUUUACAGAACUGUAUAAUAAAAUUUAUGUUACAGUGCAUUGUUAUGUAGAAAAUAAUUGAUAAUUUCAUAAACUGAAAAAUGUUUCAUAUCUAGUGCCCAUUUUAGGGAGUCUUUUGUAUACAUACAUGCAGGCCAGUAUUUUAAUGUCUGAUAUGCUGAAUAUUAUAAACACACUGAUGUUAGCAUAAGUACUUCAUUUUUAAAAUUUAUAUUAAUAUUUUUGUGUAAAGAUAGAAACAGUAUUUUCUGAGACACUUUUUGUGUUGUAUGUUUCAGACAGUGUAAAGAAGUUUAAUAUGUUUAAAUGAACAAGUAACUGAAAAAAUUAUCCAAACAGACCUUUUUUUGUUAAAUAUGAAAAAUUACUCCAAGACUCAGAAAAAGCAUGGGUAUGACACUGAAACUUUAGGAGAUUGUGAUGUGUUGAGCAACAACACCCAAAAUGUGAUGCUGAAUCUCAAGAACUUUGUACACUUUGUGCAAUUGUUAAGGGAAAGAGGAAAAUCACUGAAUUUCAGGCUCCGUAUAAUUUCUUGCAUGUUUUUGUUUGUCAAACCGUGUGCCUUGAGUGUGGCCCUUUGUUGAGUGUGUUCACUGUACUACUAAAUUUGAUUGUGAUGAUUUGCAGGGUUUAUCAUCACAUGGACAGCAACUGUAUAAUGUUCCUGUAUGUGUUCAGAAAAAUAAAUUGCAUUUGAGUCUCUUACUAUAAAAGUCUAAUGGGUGAUGUAUAAUAAUUACACUUGUUUAAGAUAUAGUAAUAAAUGAGGUCAGAGAGUGAUACAUCUGGGUACUGAAGCUGUACAUUCACAUACUUUCCAGAUAUUGUUGCAGUCGAAUGACAGAAACCUGUGUUGAAAAAGUUUAUGCUGUCUAACUGGUGAAUCUUGCACCAUAGUUGCUGGGUGAUAAACUGAAGUAAGUCUGAUAUGAAGACUGAAUCUUUGCCUGAUGAAUAUUUCUCUGCCGCAUGAUAGUUUUGAUUCAUAGAAUUUUGUCAGGACAUUUGGCUUUUCACAAAAUUUGUGUGUUAUUCAUCACACAUGAGCUUUUUGUUGGUUUAGCUGAUAAAGCCACCAUUCUUCAAACAAGAUCAUGUAUGUUUAUGUAAUACAGAAACAAAAAGCUUCGUUUUCAUUAAUGAAUCAUAAUUGUAACAAAUUUAACAGUGGACUCACAUAACAGAGAUGGCUGAAACAAAUGAGUAUUUAUUACUGGGUGCAAAAAAGAACAUUAUUAUGGGUAAAGAGAGGUAAAAUAUAGUCUCCUUUUGUGAUGCACAACUUUUUCAUCUGCAGUUUACACUUUAUGUUAUCUAAUAUAACUGCAUUUAACUGUCUCUAUUCUGAAUUUUUACAAUAAUGCUUGACCUUUCACUUUACUGAAUUUUCUGAGUACAGUCUCUAUAAUUACAGUUCUCAAUCAACUGUGUUUCCAAAUAUCAUUUUCUAUUAUGACUUGCAUUGAGUUCACUUGUGUUGGUUUACUUGUUUGAUUUCUAACUAGUGCAAUAUUAAAUUUGUUUUUAAUCCAUAAAUGACCUUAUAUGUUAUUGAAAUGAUUUGCAGUAUUUGCAGCUGUUUUAUUAUAUGCAGAGUUGCCUUAUUCUUUGGCAUAAUUCACUAUGUCAAAGAAAUCUGCCUAAUUUAUUUAUGACAGAGUGUAGAUACCCGAACAGUUACAUAGGCUGAUUUUAAGGAAGUGGCAGCAUACUUCAUACACAAAAUUAUUCAUGCUUCAAAAGAAAAUUGUGUGUUUUUCAAGCAAGGCAAAGAGAGAAAAUUAUAAGCGAGAAAAACUUGAAAUCGGUACCCUUGUAUCGAGCCUUUUUUAUGAUUUAAUGAAAAAAGAUUAUCACUUUCCCUUAUUGCAAAGUAUUUGUUAAUGGGAAAUAGAAUUUAAUAAAAAACCAUUCAGUGUUACACAACAACAUGAUUCUUAAGAAAAGCCAUAACAUUUGUAGUAAUUUUAGUUUCCUGUUUCUUGGAUACAAAGCUGAAGCUUAACACUACUAUCAAGGAUUUAAUGGCAGAGAAUAGGUCUACUAUAAGAAUGAGCAUAUGUAAUAGGAAAUUCCAUGGUGUUGUCCCAAUCAUUAUUAGCUGCAGCCUUAAAGGCAACCUUCACUUUCGUAAUACAAAGAGUGCAAAAG